AUGGAGAACAAGAUCAACUCCUUCGCCACCUCAUGCUAUCGUAUCAUGUUGAGCAUCAAAAGGAUCGAUAGAGUACCUAACAGCACUAUCUACGAUAUGACCAAAACAAAGCCGCUGAUACAACACGUGCGCCUGAGGCAGCUGAACUUUCUCGGACACGUUCUGCGCAUGCCUGAGGAUGAGCCUGUCAGUCUGUAUGCACUUUACGUCUCUCCUCAUGGCAGACGUAGACUGGGACGCCAACCUACUUCUUAUCUACAGUACGUCCAGUGGUUAAUGGGAGACGGCCAGAUCACCCCCAGGCAGCUUCGCCAGCUCGCUGCUGAUAGGCGGAACUGGAGAAGGCUUGCAGUCGCCUACGCAGCAGCCGAACGAUGGUGA